AUGGCACUUCCCGCCAUCUUCCGCAUGCUGCGGCCUAAAACAUUCCUGUACCUGAUCUCGCUGCGCACCGGAACCGAGAUGAUCGCUUUGACGCUGCUCAUCAACAAGGUCUCAGGCAUUUACGGCCUCCUUGCCAUUCUCACCGGCUACCAUCUCUCCUGGCUGCAACUCACAAUGUACAUUUACUCGAUCGGUGUACUCGGCGCCCUUUGCUAUCUCUCACCACACAUCAAGCGCCAAAGUCCGCUGCAAUGUCUCGCCCUCGCUUGGCUAUACGUACUCGACUCCUUGAUCAACGCCUCCUAUACCGCUCUCUUUGGCACCACCUGGUUCCUGAUGCUCGCCCGUCACAUCAACGACCCUGUGGCUGGCGACGACAGCAAGCUCCCUGGUGGAAAAAUGAUGAACGAUACCGCAGGAUUCACAAGUCCCGAAGUUAACGCUACCCGCGUUGAGGUUGUUGCGACCCCCGCUAUGCCAGGGCAGAAAGCUGUCGCUGCUGGCAUCAACGAUGGUUCCGCUCUCGGACACGCCGUCUUCCAGUCUGGCAGCAUUGCUAGUAUUACUGUCAUCUGCGCUCUCUGGACCAUCCGCAUCUACUUCUGCCUGGUCGUCAUGGCAUACGCCCGUGGUGUACUGCGCCAACAUAUCCUGAUGACCUCUUCCAACAACUUCGGCCUUCAAGGUGGCUCUGAGCGCACCGAUCUGGCCGAGAACCCUUUCCGCGAGGGACGUGAAGAGGGUGAAGGUUGGAAGGGCCGUCUGGGUCGCGUCAUGACUUCAGUCGGAAAGAGAUACUGGCUUGGCAAGGACGACGACGAUGAGUGGGUUCGCGGUACUGGCGAGCGCUUCACCAACAAGAAGCGUCUCAAUAUCAAGGUUCCCCCACCUGGUGUCGGCGAGCGCGAAAGAAGAGCCAGAAGCGGCACUGGCCCGCCGCCCCUCCUCAAGAAGCAGGAGGCAACCUCCUGA